AUGGGACAGGCCAACUGCUGCGGCACCCGCGGCGCUGCCGGCCCCGCUGCCGACGCGCGGGCGCAGCCCGGGGCCCCCGGCCCCACGGCUCCCGGCGCCCGCCGCGGGCUCGGGGCCAGGGCAGCCGCCCGGCCCCCGCCGCCGCUCCCCGCCCUUGUCUCCAGCGGGAGCCCCCAGCUCCUGCUCGCCCUCUGCGCACAGGUGACGCGGCACGGGCGCAUGCGCCGCAGCCACCUCCUGCUUUUCCCCCAUGCGCUCGCCAUCGCCGCCUUCAAAUGCAGCUCCACUUUCUGGCUCAAGCACCGGGUCCGCCUCAGCGAGCUCUGGGUGCUGUGCAGCGAGGAGGUGGCCGCGGCCAGGCCUGACGAUGAGGAGGAGGUCUUUGGCCUCAGGUGUAGCCGCACGCUCGUCCUCGUCUGGCCGACCAACCUCUGCGUGGUUACUUUUGGGUCGCAGGAGGCAGAGCCCGGCAGCCCGGGGAGCCAGGCUCACCCGACUGCCCUCCCUGCGGCUCCUCGUCAAGGUCGUCGGCUUCUACGGACCCGUAAGCGUCCCCGCGCCGCCCUCUCGGCCCCGCAGCGCCUCGGCUUCCCCAACCCCGCCCCGGACGAGUUUCUCACGGCGCCUCUUUGCUCUCUCGCCCAGGAGGUGUCCCUGACGGCCGCCACCGUGGAGACGCUCCUUGCGGUAGAGGCGGACGCCAGGAAAUGUCCCCGCUUGGAGCCCUCCGACACGGGAGGGGGACUUGGCCGCUCGGCUGCAGAGGCAGCAGAGGCAGGCAGGCCGGAGAUAUCCUGGCCACUUGCUCGCCGAGGAACCUCUGCCAGCAGGGACAGCCCCGGGCAGCUCCGCUCUGGCGCCGGGGCGGCUCUCUUUGGGCAGCCUCUGGCAGCUAUCUGCGCGGACGAUGGUGGCCUGCCACAGCCCGUCCGGGAUCUCCUGGCUGUAUUGUACGGGAAAGGGCCCGCCACUGAGGGCGUCUUCAGGAAAAAGGCCAAUGAGAAGGCUGGCCAGGAGCUAAAGGAGGUCCUAAGCCAGGGCGAGAACGCCGAUCUGGACAGCAGACCCGUGCCCCUCGUGGCGGUGGUGCUGAAGGACUUCCUCCGCAGCAUCCCCUCCAAACUUCUCUCGGACCACCUCUACGACGACUGGAUGCUAGCGCUGGAGAAGCCAAGUCAGCAGGCCAAAAUUGACAGCCUGAAAGAGGUAGCUGGCAGCCUGCCCACAGCAAACCUCCUCUUGCUCCAGCGUUUAUUCGCUGUGCUCCACCACAUUAGUGAGAACGUGGAGACCAGUGGAAUGGAUGCAAGCAACCUCGCUGUCUGUGUGGGGCCCAGCAUGCUGAGCCCCGGGGCGGACAACGCGCUCUCGCUGGCAGCGCAGGAGAGGAGCGACAAGGUGACAGCCUUGGUAGAAUUCCUCAUAGACAACUGCCGAGCAAUAUUUGGAGAGGACAUCAGCUUGCCUUUCAGUCGCUCGGCCGAGGAAUCACCGGAGGACACAGGCAGCUCCACAGAACACGCAGGGGCUCCCGAGCACAGUGAUUCUGCCUGGGAGAGGCCAGAGCCGGGAGCUGUCGGCAGCCGCCCGGCCCUGGAGAUGGAGCAGCCCAGCGGGAGGAGCAGCAGUGCUAACAGGCCCUGUCCAAGCUGUGCCUCAGCCCCUCCCCUCAGCCCUUUUACAAGUGGCAUCAGCAGCGUGGACAGGAGGUUCUCGGAGCCGCGCCUGUCCUUCCACAGCCGCUGUGAAGGGAGGCCGAGGGAGCAGGAGCCGAGCAAACGUGCGGGCAACUUCCCCAUUCGGCAGUAACAGCUCAGCUUGGAGAAGGAGGCACUGGGAAAACACCGUUCAGCAUCGCCUUCGCAAUUAUCACGCGGCCCUCCACACACCAAACAUCCUCCCGCUGCUCCCGGAGAGCUCCUCCUCUGCUCGCAUGCCUCCGUCUUCACCAGCCACACACUACUUUCACCCUCUACUCCUCAAAAAAAAAAAAAAAAAAAACUUCUAAAAUUGUCACCAGGCUUUUUCCACCAAGUGCCCAGAGGACAGCAGGACAUCUAGCAGAGCAGCCUAAAAGCAUUGCCUGUCAUGGUCUUUGGCAAGCUGCAGGAAAAGGUGUGCAAACAGCCCCAGAGCUGGGGGCCUGGGAAAACGUGAGUGUUCAGAGAGACAGCCAAUUCUGAAGA